UGCGGUUUUCACCAGUCGGUGGAAAGCGUCGUGAAAAGCGGGCCGCUUGGUGCACUGGAAAAGGUGAAAGUUCAUGGUCUUGUGCAAAAUGCAAUCCUGGAAUUUUCAGCCACAUCACGACGAAAUUAUUUCGCGCAAAUGAUGAGUUGAAACGCCGCCAUGGACAAAUACGAGCAAAUUUCGGUCGUUGGGGAAGGCUCUUACGGCCUGGUGAUGAAGUGCAGGCACAAGGAAACCGACCAAAUCGUCGCUAUUAAAAAGUUCCUCGAAACCGAAGAGGACGCUACAAUCCGCAAAAUGGCCCUGCGAGAAAUUCGCAUGCUCAAAAGACUGAAACAUGAAAAUCUCGUCACAAUGAUCGAGGUUUUCCGCCACCGGAAGCGCUUUUUCCUCGUUUUUGAGUUUCUGGAAGGGACGGUUUUAGACGAGCUGGAGAAAAUGCCCGGAGGGCUGGGAGAUGAGCGGUGUCGGGAGAGGAUAUACCAAGUCACCAGAGCCAUCAACUACUGUCACAGCAAUAACAUUAUUCAUCGUGACGUGAAACCGGAAAACGUGCUAGUUUCCUCCCUCGGCGUUGUGAAACUUUGCGAUUUUGGUUUCGCGCGUCUUGUGUGCAUCUCGGGGGAGCCUUGCACCGAGUACGUGGCCACCAGGUGGUACCGUGCCCCUGAACUCCUGGUGGGCGAGUCAAACUAUGGCGCCCCGGUCGAUAUUUGGGCCAUUGGCUGCCUCUUCGCCGAGAUGAUGACCGGAGACCCGUUGUUUCCCGGUGAGAGUGACAUCGAUCAACUGUACCUCAUCGUCAAAAUGUUGGGCAAACCCUGCCACAGGCACCAACACCUCAUGUCCAGGAGUUCGCACCUCCGUGGAAUGAUCAAAUCAGCGUCCAGUGAGACGGACUUGGGCAAACUCUUCCCCAGCUGGUCGCUCUUCGCCCUCGACUUCCUGGCCUCUUGCAUGAAAAUGGACCCCCACGAGAGAUCCACGUCGGAGGAGUUGUUGAAAAGUAGUUAUUUCACCCAUGAUAGGUUCCCCCAGAAGUUUUUACCAGCGUUACGCGAGAAGGUCAACACCGAAUUUAACAAUAACCCACUUUUGCGGAAAUACAAGACUGAGAUUUUGAUGUCAACGGACAAGAAAGAAGAGACAAAACGACGGGGAGGCGACCAAAUCAAGUGGCGCUUUAGCCUGGCUGAGGGAAGCAUCAAGCGGAAAUAUAGUUACGACGUUUUCAACGAAAGUGAUAAGAACUUGAUUAGUUUAUCGAAAACAAGCCAGAGACUUAACGUGGUGCAAAAAUCCGGUCAAAAACCCCAAAAACCGAGCGGUAGCAACGCCGAAAUGCAAAUGCUUGAAAAAUCGCUCGAAAGUUUGGCCAAGUUCAGUGAGCGUCCAGUCUCGGCCCGGAAAGACAGUCCCUUGCCCCCAUCGCCCCCCGAAUUCCAGUCCUUGCAACAGUUCAGUGACUUUAAUAAAUCCCCCAAUGUCUUGCACCCCAGCAUCAACAACAUUAGUUUCAACAGAGACCCCCCGAAAAAAUCCCCCAACUUGUUGCAAAGUUUAACAGUGAAAUCGAACUUGAAUCAAGUGCCCCUAUUGACAAAUCCCCGGACUCAGUUUUUGAAAAAAAUCGAGAGUAGUGUGACGUCAGAUCCCCCGUGGCUGGGAUUCCCCAAGAAAAAUAAGGAGCAAAAGGCGCGAAACGAUGUCUUCACGCUUCCAAAUUUACCUGGAGCUACAGGGAGUCCGAAUAAAAACCGGAAGAAGGGGGAAGCGGAGCUGAACAUCACCGUGACUCCAAGAAUACAAUCAUCUACCUCACAAAAACUCUCACCAUCCAAAAACUCGAGUAGUUUUCCUAUGAUGUGAUUUAGUUAUUGAUUUGCUUGUGUAAAUAGGGCGUCUUGUAAAACUUGUUUCUAUUCUAGGCCUACAGAUAUAAGAAAGCAAAACGGAAACUCAAUAUUUUGGAUAUUUCGCUCCCUUUGUCUGUUAAGGAGAAAGGAGAUGUUUAAUUUUUUAUCAUAGACCCAACUAUUAUGUACCAUGUUAUAUUAUUUAAAUAAAGGAUAUAUUUAUAUCAAA